CAACCAUUUCUGUUACGUGCGAAGGUUUACUAUCGUUCAACUAGCAGGCAGGUUGGCCAUGUCGCCUUUCCCAUCCUUGAUCCAGUUCGGAUCGAUCAAACGCUCUCUCUCAGCGUAGAGUUGCUUGUAUGCGCCACGGAUGGUGCCAUCGCUGACGUGCGCCACCUGGGAAAUCUCCUUGGCCGUCUUGCCGUGUCCCAUCAAAUAGGACGCCAUGUAGAUGCACGCAGCCACGAUCGACAACGGAGAUCGGCCAGCAAGAUCGCCCAUGGUGGUGACGCGAUCCGAAAGCGCCAUCGAGACGUUGGUGACCUGGUACGGCAGAUCCAGCAGGUUGCAAAACCGACUGCACAGAUCGCUCGGCUUUGUAGAGGUGGUCGCCGUGUACGUCUCGUUCGGGUCCGGAACACCUUUACAGAUGAGAAAGCCAUGUUUAAUACAUGCCCGCAAAUGAAAAGAUGA